AUGUCUGGAACUGCAGAAUUCGGGCGGAAAGCGUCGGUGACGGCGGCCGUAUUCUUGUCGAUCGUCGGAAUGUGCCUCUCAAUCGCCGCCAUUCUCACGCCCAGCUGGCAGGUGGUCAACCUACGAGAGUACGGCUCAAUCCAUGAGCACGGUCUCUGGCUCGACUGUACGAGGCAUUCCAGGGACGGCGGCACGCCGAUUCUGAUGAGAUACCGUACCAUCACCGAGCCGCUUCACUGCGUCUACAAGUUCGACUACGACAAGUACUCGGGAACUUUUGACCAGGAGAAUGACAACAGUCCCGUUGGGGAGGUCAAUCGGCAUAAGUUCUACGGAUGGCACACCUUCACGAUGGUCGUCCUGUUCAUCGCCAUCCUGACCACGUUGCUCUCGUCGUUCUUAGGGGCCUGCUCAUGCUGCUACGGCACGAUUUCGAUUGUCUUCACCGCAACAACACUCCUUACAACAUUCCUAUCGUCGGUGGCCACCGGGGUGUUCUUCUUCUACUCCCAUCGCACCGAUAAUCGAUUCAUCAAGGGAAUCGUCGGUACUUAUGAGCAACGCGUCGGACUUGCCUUCUUCCUGCAGCUGGCCGCAUGCUUCUUCCACUUCUUCUCAUUUUUGGCUGCUAUGUUCUUCACCUACAUGGCCAUGUCCCAAAAAGACGUCGACGGUGAGGAUUUCUCCCUUCAGCGCAGCAGCCGAACGAACGUCACCAACAUUGGCCGUUCGAUGGAGUUCGACCCGAUGAUGUACCCCCCAGCCACCCCGCAGAGCAAUGUUCGUCCAUUCAUGAGCAAGCACGAGGAGUAUGAGAGACAUGUUGCCGAAAGCAUGCCCGAGCUGGGGAUGCAACGGGCCGCCGCCUACCCAGGCGAGCUGAUUCCGACGCGAAUCCGGAGAAAGAGCGAAACCUGUGUC